GGUCGCUCCAACUUCUUGAUUCUUCGUCCCCAAGGUUUCUUUGGAUCUGUUAAAAAAUGGAGGAGGGUGGGUACAAGGUUAAAUUGAAUGUAUAUGAUUUGAGUCAGGGGCUUGCUCGCCAGCUUUCGACAACAUUCCUAGGAAAAGCCAUUGAAGCCAUAUGGCAUACCGGGGUGGUAGUAUAUGGAACUGAGUACUAUUUUGGUGCCGGCAUCCAACAAGAUCCGGCAGGGAGGACACCGUAUGGUACACCAGUCCGGGUUGUAGAUCUCGGGGUGACGCAUGUACCCAAGGAGGUCUUUGAGGACUAUCUGCAGGAGAUCAGCGGGCGCUACACCCCGGAGACUUACAACCUUCUUAGCCACAACUGCAACAACUUCAGCAAUGAGGUUGCCCAGUUUUUGGUCGGUGCCUCAAUACCUAGCUACAUUCUGGAGCUCCCCAGUGAUGUGAUGAACAGCCCAAUGGGUGCACUGAUAUUACCAAUGAUUCAGAGGCUAGAAACCACCAUGAGAUCCGGAGCAGUUCCUCAAGCUCCGCAGUUCAUACCCCCCUCCCCUGCAGUUGCUCAGCCUCCACCAGCAAACAAAACGCCAAGCUCGACUACUACCAAUAGUCCUGUCAAAUCUGAUUCCCGCCGUCCUGCUUCCGAGAGUUCUGCUAAAACUGCAGAGAGCAGGGGAAGUUCAGUUCCGCCUGCAGCUGAUUCAGAAGCCAAGACAAAGAACGCCCAAUCGUCGGAUCCUCUCAGAGAGGCUCGCCAAAAGGUGCAGGAAGAGAUUACCAGGGAAUUCGCGGCGAUCAUGGCAACGGGAACUCUGCGAGCCAGUGAGGCGGCGGCCCUUGCCACGAGGAGAGUGAUGGAGAGGCACGGGCGGCCGAGAGCCCCCAUGCGGCAGCAGGGAUAGGCGCAUAUGUUAGUUAGUGACCCUCAUACACACACCAUUCUUCCGAAGCACUCGUGCGCUUCGAACUUGCCGAUUUAUCUGCCUUUUACAGGGACAAUUGUUUUUCUUUUUCCUUGCUGCUAUGAUGUUUGCUUUUAUUUGAAACAUAUGGCUCCUGCUCCUACUUGUGUUGGGUAACAGUGGUGAAAAAACUGAAACAAUUGAAAUAUUUCGGCGAAUCUUGCUGUGAAUGUUAUUGAUUUCCCAUUGGAUUGAUGUA